CAAUGGUUACGUAUAAUACACGCCUACAGAAACUCCCGAAACUGCAAGAGGACGACAAGAGCGGCGUUCGUUCUCACUAGUACGUCGAUUCCAUCGGGCUACACAUCCACUCCUGAGCCCGAAUGUUUAUCUAGACUAACAAGUGGAAUAUUCUUCAGUUGAUUUACCCACGAAGUUCGGGAGGCGUUUUAUUUGGUGUCCUGGACGUUGACCAAUCAGACAGCUGCAUGUGGAAGGUCUCAGCCAAUGAUGGAGGCCUGGCCAACAGCCUGGGUCCUACUUUUAACGCUAAUCGUUGAUUGGCUGGAAGCGGCUCAAUCGCGGGACUUCACUGUGAAGGACAUCAUCCUCCUCCAUCCAUCAACCACACCUCAUCCUGGAGGGUUCAAGUGCUUCACAUGUAAAGAUGCACCAGACAACUACGAAUGCAAUCGCUGGGCUCCGGACGUAUACUGCCCACGAGAGACCAGGUACUGCUACACCCUCCAUGUGUUGGACGUCCAGGGGAACACUGUGUCUGUGACCAAACGCUGCGUGGCCCUGGCCCACUGUCUGUCUACAGGCUGCACCCAGGACAACCAUGAAGGAUACAAGGUCUGCACUGCUUGCUGUGAAGGAAACAUCUGUAACAUGCAGUUGCCAAGAAACAAGACAGACGCCAUCUUUUCCACCACCUCUCUCCUCCACAGCAGUAACGGUCUACUCACACACUACUGGCUGCUCACUGGCUGUCUGAGCUCCACCGUCAUCAGCGUCAUGCUAUCCAACAGUCUAUGACAUCUAACACUCCUGCCGUCAUCAGCAUCAUGCUAUCCAACAGUCUAUGACAUUAACACUCCUGCCGUCAUCAGUGUCAUGCUAUCCAACAGUCUAUGACAUCUAACACUCCUACCGUCAUCAGUGUCAUGCUAUCCAACAGUCUAUGACAUCUAACACUCCUACCGUCAUCAGUGUCAUGCUAUCCAACAGUCUAUGACAUCUAACACUCCUACCGUCAUCAGUGUCAUGCUAUCCAACAGUCUAUGACAUCUAACACUCCUACCGUCAUCAGCAUCAUGCUAUCCAACAGUCUAUGACAUCUAACACUCCUACCGUCAUCAGUGUCAUGCUAUCCAACAGUCUAUGACAUCUAACACUCCUACCGUCAUCAGCGUCAUGCUAUCCAACAGUCUAUGACAUCUAACACUCCUACCGUCAUCAGCGUCAUGGUAUCCAACACUCCUACAGUCAUCAGCAUCAUGCUAUCCAACAGUCUGACAUCUAACACUCCUACCGUCAUCAGCGUCAUGCUAUCCAACACUCCUACAGUCAUCAGCAUCAUGCUAUCCAACAGUCUAUGACAUCUAACACUCCUACCGUCAUCAGUGUCAUGCUAUCCAACAGUCUAUGACAUUAACACUCCUGCCGUCAUCAGCGUCAUGCUAUCCAACAGUCUAUGACAUCUAACACUCCUACCGUCAUCAGCGUCAUGCUAUCCAACAGUCUAUGACAUCUAACACUCCUACCGUCACCAGCGUCAUGCUAUCCAACAGUCUAUGACAUCUAACACUCCUACCGUCAUCAGCGUCAUGCUAUCCAACAGUCUAUGAUAUAUAACACUCCUACCGUCAUCAGUGUCAUGCUAUCCAACAGUAUAUGACAUCUAACACUCCUACCGUCAUCAGUGUCAUGCUAUCCAACAGUCUAUGACAUCUAACACUCCUACCGUCAUCAGCGUCAUGCUAUCCAACAGUCUAUGACAUCUAACACUCCUACCGUCAUCAGCGUCAUGCUAUCCAACAGUCUAUGACAUCUAACACUCCUACCGUCAUCAGCGUCAUGCUAUCCAACAGUCUAUGACAUCUAACACUCCUACUGUCAUCAGCGUCAUGCUAUCCAACACUCCUACCGUCAUCAGCAUCAUGCUAUCCAACAGUCUAUGACAUCUAACACUCCAACCGUUAUCAGCGUCAUGCUAUCCAACAGUCUGACAUCUAACACUCCUACCGUCAUCAGUGUCAUGCUAUCCAACAGUCUAUCA